AUGGACAUUAAGUGCAGGGACUCUAACUACAGGGACAUUAAGUGCAGGGACUCUAACUACAGGGACGUUAAGUGCAGGGACUCUAACUACAGGGACGUUAAGUGCAGGGACUCUAACUACAGGGACAUUAAGUGCAGGGACUCUAACUACACGGACAUUAAUGAGGAGGGCGAGGAGGGCGAGGGGGCAGCGCGCGGGGGGCAGCAAGAGGCAUCCCUAUGCAUAAUCCCCCCCUUCCAUUCCCUUCAGCAUGGCGGGCAGCGCGGAGACGACACGGCGGGCGGCACGGACGGAGUCGACUCGUGGGGCGAGGAGGGCGAGGGGGCAGCGCGCGGGGGGCAGCAAGAGGCGUCCCUAUGCAUAAUCCCCCCCUUCCAUUCCCUUCAGCAUGGCGGGCAGCGCGGAAACGACACGGCGGGCGGCACGGACGGAGUCGACUCGUGGGGCGAGGAGGGCGAGGGGGCAGCGCGCGGGGGGCAGCAAGAGGCGUCCCUAUGCAUAAUCCCCCCCUUCCAUUCCCUUCAGCAUGGCGGGCAGCGCGGAAACGACACGGCGGGCGGCACGGACGGAGUCGACUCGUGGGGCGAGGAGGGCGAGGGGGCAGCGCGCGGGGGGCAGCAAGAGGCGUCCCUAUGCAUAAUCCCCCCCUUCCAUUCCCUUCAGCAUGGCGGGCAGCGCGGAGACGACACGGCGGGCGGCACGGACGGAGUCGACUCGUGGGGCGAGGAGGGCGAGGGGGCAGCGCGCGGGGGGCAGCAAGAGGCGUCCCUAUGCAUAAUCCCCCCCUUCCAUUCCCUUCAGCAUGGCGGGCAGCGCGGAGACGACACGACGGGCGGCACGGACGGAGGUGAGGUGCUGCUUCAUCGCUGCAGCGAGUCGACUCGUGGGGCGAGGAGGGCGAGGGGGCAGCGCGCGGGGGGGCAGCAAGAGGCGUCCCUAUGCAUAAUCCCCCCCUUCCAUUCCCUUCAGCAUGGCGGGCAGCGCGGAGACGGCACGGCGGGCGGCACGGACGGAGGGUCCAAGACCGAAGACCGCCUCCGACUGCGGCAUAGGUGUUGUGCGGCAGGGGUUGCUGACGGCGUUGGGACGGACGCCUCCCGCGCCUGA